AAUAAAAGUAUCUGGUCACAUUGCUGGACUAAAGCAGCGUUUUUGGAAAAUUUGCCGGUUGGACUACGACUGAUUCACAAAAUGUCCGAGGAAGCACUUGCCGGCGUGCCACUGGUGCACAUCAGUCCAGAGGGCAUCUUCAAGUAUGUCAUGAUCAAUGUCUUCGAUGGAGGAGAUGCUUCAAAGGCGGUGAUCCGCGGAUUUGCGGACUGCACAUGGCAUGCCGACAUCUUCGAGCGCGAGGAGGAGGUCUUUAAAAAACUGGGGCUGCGGGCCGAGUGUCCUGGCGGCGGUCGCAUUGAACACAAUCCCGAGAAGAAGUACUUGAAGGUCUACGGAUACUCGCAGGGCUUUGGAAAAGCUGAUCACGCGCAGACCAAACGCAUCCUGGCCACCAAAUACCCGGACUACACGAUCGAAAUCUCCGAUGAGGGAUAUUAGCUGCAAUCAACGAGAGAAGACUCCACAUAAGCACACUGACAUGAAUUUAUACCAUUGGCUUUGAUCCUGUGUGCCAUGAUUUUAUUGGAAAUGGCAUUUAAAAUUGAGAAAUGCUCUGAAAGGCAGUUAGUCUGUAGCUUUGCAACUGCUCGCACUAAACCUUUUCGGAUCUAAAUUAAUCAGUUUGUACACAAAUUUCGUUUCUUUUCCUUUGGUUAAAUAAAAUGAAAAUGUUCAAGUC